AUUUCCACCUCCAGAGUCCAAGGAUCCAUGUGCAAGCAGGUUGACCGCUCCUAGGUACUACAGAGGCACACCUGGUGGGUGGGUAGCAUGAGCUUUGAAGAGCUGCUGGACAAGGUGGGUGGCUUUGGGCCCUUCCAGCUGCGGAAUCUGGUCCUGCUAUCCCUGCCCCGAGUGCUGCUCCCCAUGCAUUUUCUCCUGCCCGUCUUCAUGGCUGCUGUGCCUGCACACCACUGUGCCCUGCCUGGUGUCCCAGCCAACCUCAGUCAGCAGGACUUGUGGCUGAAAGCCCAUCUACCCCAGGAGACUGACGGCAGCUUUAGCUCCUGCCUCCGCUUCGCCUCUCCCCAGCCUCUCCCCAACGUCACCUUGGGGACAGAGGUUUACAACUCCGGGGAGCCUGAGGGUGAGCCCCUCACAGUGCCCUGCUCUCAGGGCUGGGAGUACGACCGCUCAGAAUUCUCCUCCACCAUUGCCACUGAGUGGGAUCUGGUGUGUCAGCGGAGAGGCCUAAACAAAAUUACAUCCACCUGCUUCUUCAUCGGUGUGCUGGUGGGGGCUGUGGUGUAUGGAUACUUGUCUGACAGGUUUGGCCGUCGCCGGCUUCUGCUGGUGGCCUACAUAAGCUCCCUGGUGCUGGGCCUGGCAUCUGCAGCCUCGGUCAACUACAUCAUGUUUGUCACCACCCGCAUGCUCACGGGCUCAGCCCUGGCUGGUUUCACCAUCAUUGUGCUACCACUGGAGCUAGAGUGGCUGGCUGUGGAGCACCGCACUGUGGCUGGGGUCAUCAGCACCAUCUUCUGGACAGGAGGGGUGCUGCUGCUGGCCCUGGUCGGGUACCUAAUACGGAGCUGGCGGUGGCUUCUGCUAGCUGUCAACCUGCCCUGUAUCCCGGGCAUCAUCAGCAUCUGGUGGGUACCCGAGUCUGCCCGAUGGCUUUUAACCCAGGGCCAUGUGGAAGAGGCAAAAAAGUACUUGAUCAACUGUGCCAAGCUCAAUGGGCGGCCCAUGAGCGAGGACAGCCUGAGCCAGGAGGUCCUGAGCAAAGUGGUCGCCAUGGAAAAGGGGGUGCAAAGACCCUCAUACUUAGACCUGUUCCGGACAUCACAGCUCCGACACAUCUCACUGUGCUGCAUGGUAAUAUGGUUUGGAGUCAAUUUUUCCUACUACGGCCUGAUUCUGGACGUGUCCGGGCUGGGGCUGAACGUGUACCAGACGCAGCUGCUGAUAGGGGCUGUGGAGCUGCCUUCCAAAAUUUUGGUCUACUUCCUUGUGCGUCACGUGGGACGCCGGCUCACCGAGGCUGGAAUGCUGCUAGGCACUGCUUUGACCUUCGGCAUCAGCCUGCUGGUAUCUUCAGACAGCAAGUCCUGGCUCACUGCUCUGGUGAUGACGGGGAAAGCUUUUUCUGAAUCUGCCUUUACUACAGCCUACCUGUUCACGGCCGAGUUGUACCCUACUGUGCUCAGGCAGACAGGAUUGGGACUCUCCGCGCUCAUGGGUAGGCUCGGGGCCUCUCUGGCCCCACUGGCGGCCUUGCUGGAUGGAGUGUGGCUGUUACUCCCCAGACUUGCUUAUGGGGGGCUUGCCCUCCUGGCUGCCUGCACUGUACUCCUGCUGCCUGAGACGAAGAAGGCACAGCUGCCAGAGACCAUCCAGGAUGUGGAAAGAAAGAGGAGGAAGAUACACAGGUCCAGGGACCUGAGUUGGACUAGGGAAAGCUCUCCAAGGAGCUGGAAACAGAAGGCAGGCUCUUGUGACUGGAACAUCAAAUUCCUCUGCCUAAGGAUGGAGCUGCUACUGGUACCAUCUGCCUGUGUUUAUCCAGUCUCCAACAACAAGACAACUUCUCACAGCAAUGGGCUGCUGGGGAUUCUGGGUACCUCUCUCAUGGCAGCAGCGGGGGUGGGGUGGGGACUUCUGUAAAUAAAGAUAGAUGCUUGUGGGUUGGAGGAGAUCCUCAGAUGGGAAGCCUCAGCUCUGAUUCCAGCUUUGCCACUGU